AUGGCGACUCUAUUUCAGUCGUUCCGGAGCUCCUCCAUGCCCAAGAGGUUGCUCCGGUAUGCACUCGCCAGGCUCGAGUUGCUCGAUACCGAUGCGUUGAACAUGGAGAACUUAGACUUUGCUCUCGGGCGGAAUACAGUAUUCGAAUUUCGAGAUGUCGGCAUCAGGCUCAAGAAACUAGAGAACCUCCUGAAGCUACCACCCGCCCUCCGUUUGCGUAAAGCCCGAGUCAUUCUACUGCGCGUGACAAUACCCGUCGAUUUCUACACAAGCCCGAUUGUCAUCGAGGUGGAAGGCGUGGACGUCAGGCUCCAGAUACUUGGCACCGAGCUUGAGAAGGGCCCUGCUUCUGAUGACAGAACGCCUGUAGAGGAAACCAUCGUACCAAAUGCUGCCGACUUUGCUCAGUCAUUCCUUGAGGGCCAGCCACAACUCGAACGGCAGGAACUGGAGAAUGCGCUGGCAAUCGAAACACAAGACCUAGGGGCUUCGGUCACCGUCAGCGACGAUGGCAGCGGCGAGGAAGACACACUAGGCACGGGGCAAGCUCUCUCGCUGCCAUGGUUUUUGGCCGACUUCCUGCAGGGCAUCAUGGAUCGGAUGCAGCUCAAGAUAAAUGGUGUCACGUUUCAGCUCGACGUCGAUGUACCCCUCGACCCGAGCUCGUCGAGACCCGAGGCCGUGUCUUUCCAGGUUGCGCUCCAACACAUCAGCGUGGAAGGCAUGACUGCAGCGAGUGAGGUACAAGGUGAACCUGCGGCAAUACAACACAAGGAGGGCAAACGACAUGUCUCUUUGCGGGACGUGCGCGCCUACAUCAUUUCGGAAGCCAAUGUUUUCUCAGCCCUUGCGCAGUCCCCAUCCGUGACGUCGCCUUCCGGAACAUCGUCACCAUACAUGACUCGGAAUCCACCAUCUCGCGAACCCACAUUCGCGGACAACGAUGAGCUACGCAACUCCUUGUCAUCGGAAAACAGACCGCCGUCCGACCCAGACUCGCCUUUGGAAGAUAGCGAGGAUGCCCUAGGUAUACCUUACGAUAACCCCCCGACGUCAGGAGGGUAUGAAGACGAAGGUCCCUCCACGCCUCGAGCGUCCGCUUACUACGGCUCUGAUGGGUCGCCGGUGGAAUCAAUGUUCCACACGACUGUUCUACCGGGUGAUCGCAUGGCACACUCAACAGCCGCCUUGGACGACGAGGCCCCUGUUUGGGCAAGCGCACAACUACCUCCCUCAAGGGGGGGCAGUCCUUUGGACUCAUCAUUUGGUGAGCCUAUGGCGAUGAGUUUAUUGUUUGAUCAAGACUCGACGCCGGGCGACGAUCAUGAGGAAGACCUCACCCAAUCCCGCAUUUAUGGCUCCGAAGAAGCGCAGAGCAUGUAUAUGAGUGCUUUUUCUGCAGAAGAUCCAUUCCUCUCGGCUGAUGCACAGGCGACGGCAAGGCUUGACACCGAAGCAGUUCCAAUGGUAAAGGAGGAUGAGUCCAGCCUCCACGGCCAGUCUUCUCACCACAGGCGAGAUUUGAUGCCCGGUUGCUGGGAAGAUGAAGAGGAGACCUCGAUCAACGAGGGUCCAGCCACCCCCGAGCCCCUCGAAAAGUCCGAAGAGGACGAGAAGCCACUUGAUCCUCCCGGCAACUUGGAUAGUGGUCGAGCUUCUCCCAGCCGCGCCGCAUUCGAGCAGUCCACGGACGCAGAUGAGGCUGCAACACCAAAAGGACCGACCAAGCUUGUGAAAGAGCUGUUGUCGUUGGAACAAAUAUCGGUCUAUAUCCCUUCUCAGCACGAGCAUAUUGAGAUACAACCUGCGUCAGCCGAGUCGGUAUCGAGUCUCGGCCAAUCUAUGAGCCGAUCUUUCAUUCCUUCCGCACCUGGCGCUUAUUCCGUUCACCACGCGCGUAGUCCGGCGCAAGGGCCCGAGCCGGAGAACAGGGACAAGUCGCAAAAGUCAGAUGAUACUCUAGAGAUUGACGUGUCGCCCAUCGCAAUUCAGUGCGACAUGUCUUUAGGCUUUCUGCUUUCGACAGUGGUUAACAGAUUACUUGGGAUGCUCAAAUCGAGCCCUGCGGCUCCAUCGAAACAGGAACCUGAGAGGACCAAACAGGCCAAGUCUCAGGAGAUAUCUGUCAAGCUUGAAAGUGUUUCCUUGGAUUUCGUCAGCCUGCUUGGGGGCAUUUCUGAUGUUGCACAUCGGCACUUGGAUCCAGGCGCCUUCAGCUUGGAUAAGGAUGUCCUGUUGAACAUGACUCUCAAAGACCUGCAUAUCGCCACAACUCAUGGCUCGCCGCUGGUCACAAACGACAAGAUGACGCCGGCGGAGAAGACCAAGACGUCCACCUACAUCGGCCUCAAAACCUUCCAAUUUGGCUACCCAACAAGCCACAUUGUCUCAUUUGACAAAACGCAGCCUAUGAGUACAUCAGUCCGUGAUACCUUCGCCGCCUCCGGUCGUGAUAUCGAGAUCACUUUGACCCAGCUUGGCCUGAACACUUCGAUUGAGGUUUUGACCCUUCCCGUGGUGGUGCAGCUUGAUCUUCAGAAACUGGACGAAACAUUUGGGUGGUUUGGGGGUUUGAGCAGCUUCCUUAACAUGAGCUCCUCGAUGACAUCUGCCCAGUCUCCGAUAGUGAAACAGGAGAAGCCCAAGCCCAAAGCCAGGGGCGUCCGUUUCGAAGCUCCAUUGGAGCCGGGUCAUAAAGCCGCGAUCGCAGAAAGCAAGUUCAAUGUGCGCUUUGGGGGUUCGUCGAUUCGUCUCGUCGGCAAAGAAUGCAGUGUCGUGGCUAGAUCAAGUGCGGUCAAGAUCAUCGCGCGUGAAAACGCCAUUGGUGCAGGCAUCAGUGACUUUCGUCUCGAUGGUCCGUACCUGUCCUCAUCAAAAGCUGAUCCGACGUUCAGUACCAGGUUAGAGACGAUCAGGGUUGAAUUCCUGAGUAUACCGACCGAAGAUGAUUUGACAAGGCUGCUGGGACUCAUCACACCGUCCACAGCUCACUUUGACAGAGAAAAUGACGAGAUCAUGGUCGAUACGCUGUUACGGCAACGGCGCAAAGGGUCCGUGCUGAGGGCAUCUGUCGACACAAUGACUGUGGAUGUCAAGAACGUGGCGCAGCUCUCUGUUCUGCCCAGUCUCGGGGAGGAUCUGGCAAAGCUUUCGACAGUAGCCAAAUACUUACCCGAGGACGACCGUCCGGGGCUGCUGACGAUGGCCAAGGUCCACAAGUUGAAGGCCACGGCGGACAGCGGGGGUGAGCUGGGACUCUUUGAGCUGGCAGCUGAGAGACUUGACGUGGCUCACAUCUCGUUUCCGUCUCUGGUCGCGGGCUCUGUGUGUGGACUGUGCAUCAAGCGGAACCGCGUCGAAGAACUUGUACGAUGCCCAGCCGAUGAAUCAUCUGGGCCAGACCAAGGCCCAGUCGCCAUGAUGCGCAUAAUCGGGGAUGAAAUCGAACCAGUCAUUAAACUCAAACUGCACAGAGCUGGUUUGGAGUAUCGGGUGCCCUUUGUCAUGGACAUUCUAGGGCUCAAGGAAGACGCAACACCGCAGGAGUUCGAAGCUGGGCUCGCGGCCUCUGUUGCCAACCUCGGAGAACAGGCACAAAUGGCGCUGAAGAACCCAUCCGACUCGGGAGGCAAGUCAGUCGCCACCAAACCUACGACACUCGACAUCGGCUUGUACGACUGCAUCGUUGGGCUGAAUCCCUUGGGUUCGCCCGCCAGGAUGUUGCUUGCCUUGACCGACGCCAAUGUGCAAGUUGUGCUACCGAAGGAUCAGGAGACGCACGCCGUCGUCAACCUCAACAAGGCCUCCGUUCUUCUCAUAGACGAUGUGCAGCAACUCACAGCCGGCCGGGCCCAAUGCAAAACACAUCGCCGAGCAACCUCUACGGCAUCCCAGCAAGUGUCUGAUCUUUGCGCCCAAGGCUUCGCCGACAUCUGUUACGUGUCGUCCCUCUCUAUCGUGGUGAACGUUCGCUCGGGGCCGGAAGAGUCGCAAGUGGAAGUCGACAUGACCAACCAGUUGGUUGUAUUACAGACUUGUGCCGAUUCGACCCAGACCCUCAUUACACUGGUCAAUGCCCUGAAACCACCGACGCCUCCUACGAGAGAAAUCAAGUACAGGACCAGUGUCGUGCCGAUCGAAGAGAUGCUCGCCUCCAUUUCCGGUGAAGCCUUUGGCAAGCCUGAAGGUGAAUAUGACUUCGAUCAGGACUUUGCUGGCGCGCAGGAGCUUGCCGGCAGCAGUUCCGAUAUUGAAUUUGGCUCGGAAGGCUCCAUGCCUGUUGCAUCCAAAUACUUUGAUGAAAUCGAAGACGUGGAUGCUGGCGAAGAGAUGUUCGAUGCGCUGAAGUCAUCCGGCCUGUCGCUUGGUACCUCAGUGCAGGAAGACCAAGCGGACGUGUCGUUCCAGGGACUUGAGUCUCAGAACGGCACGGCUUCCCACAGCAGUGCGGAGUCGCUGUCCAUUCGAGACGACUUCUACGAGCAGGUGCCGAGCGGCCGGCAUGAUAUUGCCAAGAUCUGGGAUUCCCGAACAAACCAAAUGGAACCGGCUCUUCAGCAAACAGUCGAGAGAUGCCCACUCAAGCUGGUAGUCAGAGACGCGGGUGUUGUAUGGAACCUUUUUGAUGGGUACGACUGGGUUCAUACCCGCGAUGUAAUCACCCAUGCUGUGGAGGAAAUUGAGCAUCGAGCCAUGGAACGCCAAGCCAGGAUGCAACCUCUAGAACAGGAGCAGGAGGACGACGAUGAGGAGGCCAUUGCUGACUUUUUGUUCAACUCCAUCUACAUCGGCGUCUCGGCUGAUCAAGAUCCCCAGGAACUGACGAGAGCGAUCAACCAGGAGCUCAACGACAAUGCCACGACCACAGAGACGGAAUCCGUCGCGGCGACCACCAUGACUGGGGCAUCAGACCGGACCAUCCGGCAGACUCAUCAGAAGCCGCGUCGCCUGAAGCUCAAGCGAAGCAGACAUCACAAGAUCUCGUUUGAGUUGCACGGCAUCAACGCCCACUUGUUCGCGUACCCCCCUGAGUCGAGUUCGACGGAAACCAGCAUGGACAUUCGAAUCACAGAUCUGGACAUUAUCGAUCAGGUACCUACCUCGACCUGGCGCAAGUUUGCCACCUACGACCGAGAUGCGGGCCCCCGAUCGGCCAAAUCCUCCAUGUUGCAUCUCGACCUCCUAAGCGUGAAGCCUGUGCGUGAGCUUCCUGUGGCCGAAUUUGUGCUGCGCGUGGAGGUCCUCCCUGUACGUCUGCACGUCGACCAAGAUGCCCUGGAUUUCAUCACGCGGUUCUUCGAGUUCAAAGAUGACCGCGCGCCCGUGCAUGCGUCCGAAAGCGACAUCCCCUUCGUGCAGCGCGCCGAGGUGCUCCCGAUCCCCGUUCAGCUCGAUUUCAAGCCAAAACGUGUCGACUACGCCGGGCUUCGCUCGGGGCACACUUCUGAGUUUAUGAACUUCGUGACCUUGGACCAAGCCAACUUGGUGCUGCGGCAUGUCAUUCUACACGGUGUGCCCGGUUUCGACCGGCUGGGAAAGACGCUGAACGGCAUCUGGACCCCAGAUGUAAUCAAGGAGCAAUUACCGGGUGUGCUUGCUGGACUGGCGCCUGUGCGAUCGCUCGUCACCAUUGGCGGGGGCUUCCGAGAUUUGGUCGAGAUCCCGAUCAAAGAGUACAAGAAGGACGGCAGGGUACUGCGCAGUUUCUCAAAGGGGGCCAAUGCCUUUGUGCGCACGACCGGCACAGAGAUCAUCAAACUUGGUGCCAAGAUUGCCAUCGGGACGCAGUACGCGUUGCAGGGAGCCGAGGGCUUCCUCACAGACCAAGAGCAGCAACAACGCCAAAGCGAAGGCCAUUGGGAGGAGGACGAUUUCGAGGCUCCUGAAGAGAGCAGGCAAAUCUCGCUAUACGCCCAUCCAGCGCCGAAUGUGAUGCAAGGAUUCAAGGGCGGGUAUCGGUCGUUGGCCAGGGAUAUUGAGACGGCGCGAGACGCCAUUAUUGCUGUCCCGGGGGAGGUCAUGCAGAGCCAGAAUGCCGGAGGCGCUGCAAAGGCCGUGUGGAAGCGAGCGCCCACCAUUAUCUUUAGGCCCGCCGUGGGCGUGACCAAGGUGAUUGGGCAGACACUGAUGGGUGCGACAAACACUAUUGACCCCGAACAUCGCAGGCGGGUCGAAGACAAAUACAAGCGAUAA